AUCCUCAUGCCGACUCGAGACUUCACAGCACUCUCAGCGAGCAGCUGGUGGCGCUGUUGGACUCGCUGCUCGUGGCUACAUGGCCCAACUGACCUUGCUGCUUCACGCUGGAGAUGGAGUACAUGCAGCGUCGCUCCGAACUGCUCACACCGCUACGCCCACCACACCCUGUACAGCCAGGCUAACUCAGAGACGCGCUACUUCAGCAAGAAGAAAACCCUGCUAGCGCUGAGCAAACUUACAGCUUUGGCCUCAGACAUGCCCGAACCCCUGCAGCGCCAACAAGUGAACGGGGUUCCUCUGCACGAGUAUCUACCCGAUGUGAAGGAGCUUCUGCAGGUGGAUGAGCUAAACUGCCUCAAAUUCAAAACCUUUCUUCGAGUUCUUACUGAGAGCCAACUAGGAGACCUUCAUCCAGUCUCAGAUCUGACCCGAGCUUUCUGUCCUGACUUUUCUACAUGCUUUUCUCUCUCCAGGUGGGGUUUUGUUUUUUUGGAAUAAACGAUGUAUUUGUGUA